CGAUCGCGAUCAAAGAGGGUUCGACAGUCACAAGGCUCUCCCUUCCGACCGCGCUUCCGUAGCCACAUCGACAUUUGUAACUUUUGCAAAGCACCUUCCCCUGCCGAGCAAUCGUGACGCACUGACAGAUCCCCACGCAAACUUUUGAUCGCCUCCGCACCUUCAAAGAAGCUCAGCAUGUCUGCAAGCACCAAUGCAGCGCCGAGGGCCGACAUGGUGCAAUCCGCAGUCUCUUUCCUGCUGGAUCCGGCAGUAUCGACGUCCACAAUGGAUCAGAGGCUGCAAUUUCUUUCCUCCAAAGGUCUGACUCAGAGCGAGAUUCAAGAAGCUCUUCGUUUAUCUUCCACCACCACCUCUUCCACCCAUCUCUCGCCCGCUCCUUCAGCUCAGGGUCAGGUCGGGCCUUUUCAAUCUCAUCAGUCGUAUGCUCAGUCUGCUCCUUAUUAUGCAGCACCAGCUGGUCAAUAUCCUUAUGGUCAGCCUAAUCAGAGAGCCAAUGAUUGGAGAGAUUGGUUCAUCAUGGCCGUCGUUGCUGGAACUGCCGGGUACGGCGUGAUGAGUCUUGCCAGGAAGUACCUCUUGCCACAUCUGAAGCCGCCCAACGCUGAUGUGCUGACUACCGAUCUCGAGUCCCUCACGGCUAAGUACGACGCUGUCUCCUCUCAAUUGUCAGCGCUGGAAGAGACGACAGAAAGCGUCAAGGUGGGUGUAGAGGAGCAGCGUAAGGCUGUCGAUCAAGGCAUCAAGGAAGUGGAGAGCGCUGUGGAUUUGAUCAAGAAGGGAGAGACGAGAAGGGAUGAGGAGAUUAAGAAAGUGGUGGAUGAGGUGGAAGAGAUCAAAAAGAGUCUACCAAAGAUGUUUGAGAAGACGCAAUCAGCGCAAGCUCAAUCCUUGUCGGACUUGCAAUCUGAAUUGAAGUCUCUCAAGUCUUUGUUGGUCUCGCGCGGCGGAGCAGGGGCAGGAGCAGGAGCAGGAGCAAGUCGGUACUCUAGCGGUGUCGGUGGAGCAUCAUCAGGAAUAAGCGGGGGCAGGGACUCUCCAGCACUAGGAUUCAAACCGAGCAUUCCAGCAUGGCAGCUAGCGGGCGGUAGUGGAAGUGGAGCUAGCGCUGCUGGAAGUGGCACGGAGAGCAACACACCCGCAAAGGAUGCCAAGGUGGGCGCGACCAGCGCGAGCUCGGAUGAGGAAAAGUCUGUGCAGAGAGGCCUGCAAAAAGGAGGCGCGAGCGGCGAAGAGUCUGCCACUGGUGCAUACAACAUCCCUUCAUGAUGUUCUCAAGUUCCCGCUGAUCAUGGCUACCGCGACCUGUUUUCCCCUUCGCUUGUAUGACAUCCCUUGUGAUUCUUCUGCUGCUUAUGAGGCACAGGCCUUCAUGUGCGCUUUGCAGCGCUAGAAUUCACACCUUUGCGAUAUGGCU